AUGGAAGAGAGUAUCCUAUGCAAACACACAGUACAUCACAGCGUCACCAAGAAGCUCCUCUCAUCCAAAAAAUCUCAAUCCAAUUCCACCUCAGAGCGCAGAAUAGUCCGGAUAUCAUACACUGAUCCAGACGCCACCGACUCCUCCGGCGACGACGAAGCCUUCCCCUUCGUCCGCCAAAGAAUCAAGAGCUACGUCAACCAGAUUGAGAUAGAAACAGCUACUGCCGCCGUCACUACCAACAUCCCUUCCAAUGCUCGCAAGAGGGCUGCAGCCGAGCCAUGCCGCCGCCCAGUCAAGCUCCAUGCCGGCAAGAAGUUCCGUGGCGUCCGCCAGAGACCGUGGGGGAAAUGGGCCGCGGAGAUUCGAGAUCCGGCAAGAAGGGUGCGUCUCUGGUUGGGAACCUACGACACUGCAGAAGAAGCCGCCAUGGUCUACGACAAUGCUGCUAUUAGGCUUCGCGGCCCUGACGCCUUGACAAACUUUGGAACACCGCCGCAAAUAGAACCUCAACAGUCUGCGGCGGCAGAGGUUCAGGAAAUGAAGGUCGCAGUGACGGAAGAAAACUCUGGGUCUGGGUACGACUCCGGAGAGGAUCAUUGCCACCACAACCUCUCCUCUCCCACUUCGGUGCUCCACUUCCGAAGCAACUCAAGCGAAGAAAAUUCUGAGAAAACAGAAGAAGUGUUCAGAGAGUGUCAAGGUGAGACUGAAACGAGUCUGUUCGACGAAACGGGAGAGUUUUUGGCACUGGACAACAUGCCUGCGUGGGAUGACGUGUUCAAUUUUGAAACCCCCGAGUACCCUCUUCUGUUUGAAGAAGAGCAUGGAUUACACGAGCCCCAGAUGUUGGGCGAAAUGAUGGCGUUUUCCUCGGACGAAGGUUUCAGUGACAGUGGUAGUAUUUUGCUUGCUGAUUCGCUCAUAGACUUCGACAAAGCGUGUCCUCCAUCUACCCUCUGCCAAGUGGACGAUUACUUCCAAGACAUUUUGUUAGGUUCUGAUCCUCUCGUUCUGCUCUGA